AUGAUGGUGAGGAGCUUCAGCAGUGUGGUGAUCUUGGAAGUGCUGUUGGCGCUGUUCGGGUGUGUCGCAGGCGGAUAUAGUGGCCGAAAAGAGAUCACCUUCAACUGGGUACGCUCCAGCAGUGACGAGUCACGGAACAAUACGGCCGUCCUACUGCAACGUGACGGGUAUGGACCGAUCCGGGUGAGGGUACGCACGGACGAUGGCUACCUGUUGACAGUGUACCGGAUGCAGCCGAAAAAGUCCCGCGCCGGGGUGGUGCUGCUACACCACGGCAUUCGCCAGUCGAGCGAUAUGUGGAUGUACCUGGGACCGAAGCGGUCCCUGCCUUACAAGCUGUACGACGCCGGGUACGACGUGUGGAUGAGCAACUCCCGGGCGUCGCCCGAAAUCGACGGCCACGAGCGGCUCGACCGGGACAGUGAUCACUACUGGGACUUUAGCUUCCACGAAAUCGGAACCUCCGAUCUGCCGGCCAUCAUCGAUCACAUUCGGCGCGAGACGAACCGGAAGACGAUCCACUUCGUGGGCUACUCGGAAGCGGCCACGGCCGCACUCGUGAUGCUGUCGGAGCGCCCAGAAUACAACGCGUGGCUUGCCAGCGUAGAGCUGUUGGCGCCGCCGGCCUUCAUGAGCUACGGACAGUACGCGUGGAUAUCGCGCAUGGUCCAACCGAUCCGGGCACUGUUCCCGUGGAGCGUGUACUACGCCCGGGACGCUCUACCAACCCGGAUCUGUACGCUGUUCCGCGCCGAGUGUUGCCUGAUGUUCGGUCACCUGGACGAUCGGUCCGAGGGGGGAUGCUUUGUGCUGGACAAUGUGUCGCUCAAACAGAUCGAGCACUACCGGCAGAUUAUCGCGACCGGGAAGUUCCAGCAGUUCGACUACGGCUACACCGGCAACCUGAACCGGUACAAGCGGGACCCACCGCCCGACUACUGCCUGUGGAACGUGACCGCACCGGUCACCCUGCACUACGGCAACCAAGACCAGACCGUCGAUUGGCGUGGCGUAGAGCAGCUCGCCCGGAACCUUCCGAAUGUGGCCACACUGCUGAAGCAGCUCUACAAAGGCUUCACGCAUCGUGACUUCUACCAAAACCCUAAAGCGCGGACCACCGUCUACGAGAAUAUCGUUAAGUCCAUCAAGCGGCACUCGGUCGCAG